GCACCUUUCACCUGUUAGAGCGUAAUACAAUGGCCACACCUUCAAGCCCGGACAUACGCUUCCGUACCGAAGACGCCUCUCGCAUAUCCACUUAGAUCCGUUGCAGCAUUCACGGCAGUUGGCGCAACAGCUGCUGCGGCUGCUUACUGGACACAGGCGCCAUCUCAAGCUAAGAUUGAAAACGAGACACCAAAGCAGCAGCUGAAGAUGCCGAGCAAGACUGUGGAAGCGGAUCAACAACGCAAACUAGAAGGCCUGACAAAGGACUCGCCGAUGCGCCUGCGUAUGGAAUCCUUUGUCAAACAAAUGCAGCAAGAAGUAACCUCUGCCCUUGAAAAAGUUGACGGCCAGGCGACCUUCAAAACCGAUCGCUGGACACGCGCCGAGGGCGGCGACGGCAUCUCCAUGGUCCUGCAAGACGGCGCUGUUUUCGAAAAGGCCGGCGUUGCCGUCUCGGUCGUGUACGGUAUGCUCCCACCCGCGGCCGUGGCACAGAUGCGAGCCCAGCAUCCGAAUAUCGGCAAAACAGAUGAGGCUCUGCCGUUCUUUGCGACGGGUAUCUCAUGUGUGAUCCAUCCACAUAACCCAAACGCGCCGACUGUGCAUUUUAAUUAUCGAUACUUUGAGUUAGGAAGCGAUGAGAAGGGGGAGCCAUUGUCGUGGUGGUUUGGGGGUGGGUGUGACCUGACGCCGACGAUCUUGUACGAGGAGGACGCUGUGCAUUUCCAUGAGGUGAUCAAGCGAGCCUGCGACGAGCACGAUCCACGGUAUUAUCGGGAUUUUAAGAAAUGGUGCGACGACUAUUUUUAUAUCAAGCACCGAGGGGAGAGACGAGGUAUCGGAGGCAUCUUCUUUGACGAUCUAGAUGACAAGUCUGCGGACGAGUUGUUUACCUUCGUCAGAACCUGCGGUGACGCCUUUGUGAAACAGUAUGUUCCCAUCAUGGAGAGGCGUAAGAAUAUGCCCUUCACGGACGAGGACAAGCAUUUCCAACAACUGAGACGUGGCCGCUAUGUUGAGUUCAAUUUGGUGCAUGAUCGGGGUACAAAGUUUGGGUUGUUGACGCCCGGAGCGAGGGUCGAGAGUAUCAUGAUGUCGAUGCCCUUGACAGCCAGGUGGGAAUACAUGCAUGAGCCGGAUGUGAAGGCCCAUGGACGCCUGAUGGAGGUCCUUCGCGUACCCCGGGAAUGGAUUCCAGCAUAGCAGCUUUUAAGAAUAAAGACCCACUCCCA